GCUGUAUAUUUUGACGUGGCCUGACUCAUCCUGGAUUCUGAAAACAAUGUAGGGAGAGGGAAGAUAUUGGAGUGGUUUCUUAACCUCUUGCCCAUUUCCACCGUGAUUGCUCAAGUACAUGCAAAAUUCAUAUUUCCUUCUGCCCGUUUGAUGUUCCUUUUUUAGUCUGUGUAUAUUAAUCACCCCUAAAGCACCAGGAUCCUCUCUCAAACUUUAAGAUGAGACAUCAUUAACAGACACAGUUCUCUGCUGUUUAAAGAGUACGCCGGUGCCAUCAUGAGCUGUAAGAAGCAGAGGUCACAGAAUAACUCGGUCAAUGAAAAAAGGAAUGUGAAAAUCGAGCACUAUUUUUCUCCGGCCUUUAAGGAGCAAAAUAAUAAUCCGAGUACUUCUCAGAUGAGAAUGGUGUCUAGACAUGGCCGAAGAAACACAAGUAAUACCCAGGCUCAAAAAUUCCAUUCACCUGAGAAAUAUCAAGAACACAAGACCAUGCCCCAAAAUAAGAUAAUACAUGUUACCCUGGAUGUAAACCACAGGAAAAACCAAAAAAUGAAACAUAGGCUCACACAUAAUGAGAAUGGUAGUUUAUAUAUGGCUCUCAACACUCUCCAGGCUGUCAGAAAAGAGAUAGAAACUCAUGAAGGCCAAGAAAUGCUUGUGCGUGGUGCAGAAGGAAUCGAAGGGUACAUAAACCUUGGAAUGCCCCUCACUUGUUUUCCUGAAAGAUGCCAUGUGGUCAUUACAUUUUCCCAAAGUAAAAGUAAGCAGAAAAAAGAUAACCAAGUAUUUGGCCGGCAUGACAAGACAUCAACUGACUGUGUCAAAUUCUACAUUCAUGCAAUUGGAAUUGGGAAGUAUAAAAGAAAAAUUGUUAAAUGUGGGAAGCUUCACAAAAAGGGGUACAAACUCUGUGUCUAUGCUUUCAAAGGAGAAACCAUCAAGGAUGCUCUGUGCAAGGAUGGCAGAUUUUGUUCCUUUCUGGAGAAUGAUGAUUGGAAACUCAUUGAAAACCAUGACUCCGUUUUAGAAAACACCCAGCCAGUUGAUGAAUUGGAAGGCAAACUCUUCCAGGUUGAGGUUGAGAAAAAAAUGGGCCCCAAAGAAGCAGGUCUUCAGAAUCCUGAGUCAGAGAAAAGAAACACCUGUGUGUUGAGAGAACAAACCAUGUCUCAGUACCCCAGUUUGAAAAGAGAAAGUGAAAAAAUCAGGGAAAACUUCAACGAAAAAAUGAAAGGAAAAAAUGGGAAAACAUUAUUUAAAUUGCAUAGAACAAACUUUGGGAAAGUAACAAAAAACUCUUACUCUGUUAAAGUACUGAAACUUCUUGCACAUCUCAGUGACUCAGUUGGGCACUUAUUCUGGGACGGUGCAACUGCAGGUUGUGCCACCUGCUUUGCUUUUAAAGGACUGUUCAUUUUAACUUGUCAGCAUGUAAUAAAUCUCAUUGUGGGAAAAGGAAUAGAGCCAAGUAAGUGGGCAGACAUAAUCGGUCAACGUGUAAGGGUGACAUUUCAUUAUGAAGAGCCACAAGAAAAGGAAAUGAACUGCUUUUCCGUCGAACCUUGGUAUGAGAUAUAUAAUGAAGAGCUUGACUAUGUUGUCCUGAAGCUGAAGGAAAAUGGACAACAGGUACCUAUGGAACUAUACAAUGGAAUUGCUCCUGUGCCACUUAGUGGGUUAAUACAUAUUAUUGGCCAUCCAAAUGGAGAAAAAAAACAAACUGAUGCUUGUGUUGUGAUCCCUCAGGAUCAGCAAGCAAAGAAAUAUCAGGAACGUACUCAAGCUAAAGAAGCAGAAAGUCCAGAGUAUAUUCAUAUGCACACUCAAAGAAGUUUCCCGGAUAUAGUUCCCAACCCUUACGUGAUUACCUAUGACACUGAGUUUUUCUUCGGGGCUUCUGGUUCCCCAGUGUUUGAUUCAAAAGGUUCAUUGGUGGCCAUGCAUGCUGCUGGCUUUGCUUAUGAGUACCAAAAUGAGAUUCGUAGUAUCAUUGAGUUUGGCUCUACUAUGGAAUCCAUCGUCUAUGAUAUUAAGCAAAGACAUAAACCAUGGUAUGAAGAAGUAUUUGUAAGCCAUCAGGAUAUAGAAAUGAUGAGUGAUGAGGACUUAUGAGAAUUCGGUCUAUUAGAUUUAAAGGAAUGGCUGAUGGAGUUAUUAUUUCAUAGGCAUUGAUGAGAGUUUUCUAAAUUCCAAAAUGAUCAGUUUUAUCAAUAAAAAUACUAUUAACCAUUUCCUAUCUGUCAGGCACCUUUCUAAGCACAUGAAGAAAUUAGUCCUAACAACACUGAGAUGGACUAUAACCUGCAAUAUUUUAAAGUCAAGCGAAGUGAAGAAUAACAAGAUUAAAUAAUAAUCAGUUUCAUGACACUGAAAGUAAUGUAAUCACUAUUUUUUUCAUGUUUUAUAUUUUUGUGUAAAUUCAUUUGCUACAGUGCAGGAAUCAAAAUUUGUUCAUCUCAUUAUUCUCUGCAUCUGACAUAAGGAAAGCAAGUGCUCAGAAAAAUGUGCAGGUCACUCAGUAGCAAAAGUUGGGGCUGUCAUUAAUGCUAACUUAGGAGCUAAAUGCUUGAUUAGAAAUGAUCUCAGAAUCUUUUAGAAUUUCCAAAAUCCUCAGGUCACUGAAACUGUCAGAAUACAUGGGUCCUGAAAUUCAGAAGACAAUAGUCAUUCUUCCCAUGUUUAUAGGCUAUUAAGGCAAGGGAUAUCUUAAACAUCAUAUUACUUUAUUUAGAUUUCUUCUAUUCCAAUUAUUAUGUAUUUCUCAUUGUUUUACUUCUUCAUAGUAUUGUGAAGACUAUAUAGAUGAUUCAGCCAAGACUGCAAAUCUCUCUCAUCUGGAAUUCCACUGGACCCAAUCUGUUUUCCAUUGCCAGUGCCAUGCUACUAAAGCCAUACAGUAUCAAGCACCCUCCGUCUAGGUCCAGGGAAUAUCACAGAAGAGGUGGGCAUUUAAGAUUAUAAGGGCUGGUUUCAAGGCAUACAGUCCAGGAAAACAGCCUGUUGCAUUGCAAGGGUGAUGUCAUCUUGAAGUGCAGCUGCCAUGAUGACUGCUGUUUGACUCCUGCAUACCAAGAUAUUCUGCAACAAUGUCUUUAAACAAUGCUGGUAGUACAGAUAACCCCUCAUAAAGAUGCUUAGCUAACCUCCCCAGUGGUCAGGUGUUUCACAAUAAAGUCUGAGAUACGACCAGAGCUACACAUUUUGCCAAAAAGGCUUGCUAUGUAAAGGGUAUAUUCGGGAGGGUGAGUGCUGCCAUUUAGUGCUGCUGGAAACAUUGCUUCUGUUUGUAAGUUCCUAUUAAAUGUUUCUUUCUGAGAAA